AUGCCUGAAGUCCCUGAAAACAUGCAGGAUAACAUCGCCCACCUGGAACACGAGGCGCGCACCCCGCGAUCGUUCAGCAACAGCAGCCACCAGCAAGCGUCCUACGACCGACCACAUUUCCCAGACCGUUCCUCGUCGAUGCCUUCGCCGGGUUACAACAAUAAUUCCAAUAACAGCUACUACGACAACUCUCACAAUGGGGCUCCUUCGCCAUCAUAUAACCAGACAUCCUACGAUAGCAUGGAUCAUCCCAACUUCUCGCCAUUCCCCGUGCUUCGCAACCCACCUCCCAACGUGCCGCCGACCGACGAACAAAAAGAGGCGAAUCUAGAGAAAGGGCGCGUCGCAGUGUUGUCGUCUAAUGACCCAGAUAUGCAGCUGGCCUGGGCUCAGGAUGCGCUUACCUACGUCGAGAUUUCCAUGCAAAACGAAGCGCGCAUGUCGCAGAUCCAGCCUGCGCGACCGCACACACCUCAGGUUGAGCAUCAACUCAGAGUGGAUGCGAUGAAUAUUGUGACCUUUUUGUCGGAGCAGCGCCACCCACAUGCCGAAUUUAUCAAAGGUAUGUGGCUGGAGUUUGGAAAAUUUGGAUACCGAGUCGACAAGAAAGAGGCUUUCCGCUCUUAUUCGCGGGCCGCAGAGAAAGGAUAUGCGCGUGCAGAGUACCGGAUGGGCAUGCAAUUCGAGAGCUCUAAUGAGCCCGCCAAGGCUAUCAGACAUUAUGAGAAAGGCGUUUCCAUGCACGAUUCUGCCUCGUACUACCGCCUUGGUAUGAUGAUUCUUCUCGGCCAGCAUGGACAGCGGCAGGAUUAUGAAAAAGGUCUAGAAUACAUUCGCCUUGCGGCACAGACAUGCGAUGAGAAUGCGCCUCAAGGUGCCUAUGUCUAUGGAAUGUUGCUUGCCCGAGAACUUCCUCAAGUUACAGUACCCGACCAAUUCCUGCCAAUUGAUGCAAAUGGAGCCCGAGUCAAUAUCGAAAAGGCGGCGUAUCAUGGUUUCGCAAAAGCCCAGGUUAAGAUGGGCGCGGCGUAUGAGCUAGGUCAAUUAGGAUGCGAAUUCGAUCCGGCACUUUCUCUGCAUUACAAUGCUUUGGCCGCUAGGCAAGGCGAGCCAGAAGCCGAAAUGGCAAUCAGCAAAUGGUUCCUCUGUGGACACGAAGGAUUGUUUGAGAAAAAUGACGAGACUGCCUUCACAUAUGCUCAACGUGCAGCACAGAGCGGUUUGCCCACAGCAGAAUUUGCUUUGGGUUACUUUUACGAAGUCGGAAUCCACGUGCCGGUUGAUAUUCAGGAGGCCCGACGAUGGUAUGCCAAGGCUGCCGCCAGUGGCAACAAGGAUGCCGCAGGACGAAUUGACAGUAUAUCGCGAUCUAAGACGCUCUCUCGAAAGGAUCAUGAACAAGUCGCUAUCGCACGAAUCAAAUCUCAGUACGGAUCGGCGAAUCGUCCGCGUCCAAACUAUGGGGGAGCAGCACAGGCUCCUCCUAUGUCGCCGCCUCAGGAGAAUCUAGAGAUGCCUGAUCCGUCUCGAAUGCGGAUAUCUGACGACGGAUAUGGGGCACCAUAUGGGGCUAAUGGACAACAAGGCUACGGACGUGGCUCGUAUGGCGGUCCAAUGGGCGAUCGUCCAAGCUCUGCAUUCGGAAUCAACCCCAACAUAGGCUCGCCAGGCUAUGGCCCUGGAGGUCCUGGCGGCCCUGGUCCAGGUUACGGCCGAGGUCUCCCAGCCAACCCUGCCCCAGGCUAUCGUCAAGGUGGCUCAGGCCCGAACUCUCCCAAACUGCCUCCGAGCCAGGGUGAUCCAUAUGGCAGCCCUCGACCUGAUAUUGGUUACUCUGCACCAGACAACCGCAGACGACUCCAACGACCCGAACCUCAAGGCAUGGGUCCUGGACCUGGAGGUCCUGGAAUGGGUCCUGAUCGUCGUUCGGGCCGAACACCAGAUUAUGGCCGACAACCCUCUGGCGCCUAUCCCCCACGAAACCAAUCAAUGACUCCCAGCUCAGGACCCGGUCGGCCCUCACCAGGUACAUCCCCGCGACCGCCUGUCGGUGGCGCGCCCCCAGGCGGCCCAAUGAGCGCUCCUCCCAGCAGCAACUCAACCCCAAAGCCUGCAGCUGCUGCUGCCACCCCUCCACCCAAGAAAGGGCCAAAGACAUUCGAAGAAAUGGGUGUCCCUCAGGGGAAGACAGACAGCGAUUGUGAAGUCGACGCCAACGACUCAACCGGCACGGAAGGCAAUGAUCCCGAUCAAACCACCAAAGAUCUCGAAGGAAACAUCGCUGCUCUCAAAAUUCGCGAAAAAGAGCUCCGCGAGACGUUGGCCAAAAUCAACGCAAUCAUCCCGAUCUCCGUCCUAAAAGAUCAAAUCGCCAGUCUCGAGGAGAAAAAGGCGUUACUGACUUCUCAAAUAUCGACCUUGUCGGCAGAAAUGCAGGAGUCGAGAAGGUUUGCCUGCAAAGAGGAUUUUGAUCGUAUUGAUCUGGAAUGGAGGAAGUGGCGUGAUCAGGUUACGGCAAGGAAGAGGAUUUUUCUGGAGUUUUGGGCUAAGUGUACGGAGGUGUUACCGGAGGAUAUGACGCCGAGGGAUUUGAAGGAGACGCUCGGUAUCGAAGGGUCUUUCUAG